AUCAUGAUUUUUUUUGGGAGUAUCCAUCCAUCCAGCCAUAAUUUAUAUAUUGUUUGUUUGUGUGACAAUUGUAUCCUUAUUUCUUGGAAUAAAUAAUCAAUUUUUUUUCCUCCAAUUUCCUUCAUCACUACCAAAUCAUUCAUUGUCUUUUUUUGUCUGCUGAAGCAACAAACCAAUAAUAAUUAAUAAUAAGUUAUGGUCAUGGAAACAGUGAUCAAUCCGGAAUUGAAUGAACAUUUGAAUUCCAAUGGUCAAUCAUCACAACAACAGCAUACAACCAAUCUAGAAGAAUUAUGUUCAUUAUUACGAAAUGAAGUUCCUGAAUCACGGCAAACAUUAUUGGAUACACAAUCGAAUUUGGAAAAGGUUGCCGAUUAUUGUUCAACAGCAUAUAUUGAGUCUGACGAUAAACGAUUUGCAUUUGAAAAUACGAAAAAUUAUACGACACAUUCAUUGGCAUCAGUUGCAUAUCAAAUAAACACAUUGGCCUUUAAUGUUUUACAUAUGCUUGAAUUGCAAACAAAUCAAAUAUCCGAAAUGGAAUCACAGAUGAAUUAUAUAUCGCAAAAAUUUCAAUUUCAUAAUGAAAAAGUUGCACGUAGAAAGAUUGCAUUGCUUACAUCAGCCAAAACAAUGGUACGACAACCAAAAGUAUUGAUGCCUGCAAAUCAAGAAAAACAAUCCAAAUACAUAAGAAAACCAAUUGAUUUUAGUCUUUUGGAUGAUAUUGGUCAUGGUGUAAAAAUUUCUAAUCAAUCCAAUUUCUUAAGAAGCCUAAAUACAACUAGUAAUUCAGGUCGAAUGAGUGGUGUACAAACAUUGGGACCAAAAUCAUCAAUGUCAUCAUUAUCACAUUAUCAUCAUUAUAAUACAUUGAGUGGUGGUAGUGGACCAGCGCCAACAACAAAACCACCGACACCACCACAAGCCAUACGUUCUGGUUUCGGUACAUUAUCACGUUCAUCACAGAAUAAAGAAUAUCGUGCAUUAGUACCACCAAUAGCGCCACCACAAGUGCCAAAAAAUUAUGAAUCAAAUUAUCCAAUUGGUCAUCCAAAAAGUGCUAUCAUACAUCGACAACCUAGUAUUACUGGCAGUACUGGAAGUGGAACUGGUGGUGGAUAUGCAACUGGUCAUCAUCAUCAUCAACAAAAUAAUCAAUAUAUGGCCGGUUAUUCACAUUAUCAUCCCGGUUCUUCUGCUGUUUCAUUAAAUUCAAACAUGUAUGGCCAUACAACUAAUAAUAAUAAUAAUAAUAAUAAUCAGCAACAAAUAAAUACUAGUUUGGAUAAUAAUAAUAAUAAUGAUAAUAAUAAUUGUCCACCACCGCCACCACCACCACCUCUGCCAUCAGCUCAAUUAGAUCCAAAUGAUUCUUCAUUACCCGAUCCACCAUCUCCAUCCAAUAUUCAACAACAACAACAUCAUCAUCAUCAUAGUAAUUAUGAUGGUCGUAAUACAACAGCAUCACCACCGCUGCCACCACCUCCUCCAACCAUUGAUAAUGUUCAUCAUGGUAUUAAUCAUCAUCCAAUGAUGAAUAAACAACAUUCCAUUUAUGGUACAUCAAGUAUGAGACAAAAUGUUCCAGAUUGGGUACCAGCUAAUUAUAUUGAAAAAGUAAUUGCCAUCUAUGAUUAUUCGGCCGAUAAAGAUGAUGAAUUGACAUUUCAAGAAAAUUCUGUCAUUUAUGUAACACGUAAAAAUGAUGAUGGAUGGUUUGAAGGUGUUAUGAAUGGUGUACUUGGAUUAUUUCCUGGCAAUUAUGUUGAACCAUGUCUUUGAACAACAUGAAAACAUUUUCAAUUUAUUUAAUGAGUUUUUUUCAAGUAUUUUAUAUCACUAUAUAUAACAAUAUAUUUUUUAUGAUAACCAAAAAAAAAUUUUUCAAUUUU